UCACAUCGGCCCUGUGCAACACUAAGCAAUUGUUUGUUUUCAACGCUGUUAACGACGAAAUGUCAACGGAUCAUCGCAAUGCUCAAUUUUGUGGACACAUUUGAGCUGAUGGCGCUCAACUUCCAUGGGGACGAGGAGCAGCACCACCGCUUCGUGCACGACGCCAAGCUGCUGAUCGAUGCGAUCGUCACGCAGCUGCACAACAACGACUCCGUGUUCAAGGACCACAUGGGAGAGCUGCGCACGACGGCCUCGUUCAUUAGCGAGAUUACGAUGGACAUGCCGCUUGGCUUUGAGGUCUUCCUGCCCAUACGGCUGCCCGUUGCGCUGUCGCCCAACUUUAAUGAGGAGCAGCGCAGCGUUCAGCUCUACAGAACCAACUUUUCGCACCCGUUCUUCUUCGGCGACGCUGCGAAUCCCAAGUGCAUGAAUCUGCGCCUGCAGCAGGACAUGCAGCAGGUCAUUAGCCAGGUGCCCUGCAUUGCCGGCUACUGGGGCGCCGUCUACGACAUCAAGUACAAGCCGAUGUGCUACAACCGCGUUCCCUUCGCCCACCAGGUGUUCGCGGAGGAGCGGGGCGCCUACAAUCGCGGCAUCUGCUUCGACUUCAUCCUGGUCCUGGAGUUCGACGGCGCCGAGCUGCCGUUGCCUCUGUACUACAAGGCGCCCAUUUGCUACAAGUGGUUCGCCUUCGGGCUGGUGGACGUCAAUCGGAGUCACGACUCCGCCGACUGGGGCGUCCUCGUGCCGCGCUGGCAGUCGGCCAAUGUGACUUUGCGUCUGCGCUCCCACAACAUGCUGCUCCUGCUGCGCCGCCUGCUCUACGCGCAGGGCUGCUUCAGCCUGGCCGCGCCAUUCCUGAUCAAGUUCUGCUUCUUCAUGACCACCGUGGACUUUGGCGAGCAGUACAAGGGCAUGGGCGUGGCCCAUCUCAUGAUAACUACGCUCGGCCACCAGGUGUUUCGCAACUACUGUGAGCUGAUCGUCAAGUCGGCCGUGGGCGAUCACGACGCCAACGUGGCCGCCACGAAGGAGCUGCGCGAGCAGCAGAUGCGCGGCAAAGGACUCUUCGCAAUGCUGGCCAAGGGCCUCGAAAUGAAUGUGGUGAGCACCCAGUUCAUAGCGGAUUACUUUCAAGUCAACUACGUCCAGGUGCGGCCGAAAGCCGCUUCGACCCCCGAGCCGGAAGCGGCGAACCACACGUUGAUCGUGACGACGCCGUCGACAACUGCAGCGCUGCAGAACAGCAGCGAGACACCUCCACCAUCCUCACCCGUCAGGUCCUCACCUGCCUCACCUGACCCACCACCGGCGGCGGAGCAGCCGCCAACCACAACAAGAAUAAUAGCCAGAGCCGUGCCGAUGAGCCGGAAGCAGAAUCGCAGCAUUUAGUGAAAUACGAAAUACGAGACGACAGAAGUUAAAUUGUGCAUAAAGUGGUGCUUCGACGUGGGGCUGCACCGCCCCGAAAGGGUAGCUCCCUGCUUUAAGCUAUAUUCGAGUUAACUGUAAAUUGGCCAGUCGUUUGUGAGGGACAGCAGCAACGUCUCAAAUCUCGGUAAUAGCGCAACUUUUAUGCCCAAAAUAAGUGGAACUGUCUGAACACACACACAUAUACACACCCCCACACACACACACACACCCACACACACUUGUGCAGACAAAAGUUAAUAAAAGCC